CCCAGGCCGGCAUUUAUGUUGCAGCCAGCAGAGGCCUUGGCGGUGGCAGUUGGGACCCAACCUGCGGCUGGAGCCCAGGAGCCUGGGGAGACGGCGGCAAGUGAAGCAGCCUCCAGCUCUCUUCCUGCCGUCGUGGUGGAGACCUUCCCGGCAACUGUGGAUGGCACCGUGGAGGGUAGCAGUGGGGCUGGGUGCCUGGACCUACCCCCAGGUUUCAUGUUCAAGGUGCAGGCCCAGCACGGCUACACCGCCACCGCCACCGACGAGCUGCAGCUCAAGGCUGGUGACGUGGUGCUGGUGAUCCCCUUCCAGAACCACGAGGAGCAGGUGAGGGCCGGGUGGGGCCGCCAGAACUCUUAGGGACGGCAGCAGCCUGGCUGUGGCUGGCACCGCUGUGGCAGGGACUGGCCUGCAGGGGGCAGCGGAGGCCUGUGAGCGCCGGGGCUCCC